AUGCAUAUCCGUGGGUGGUGGACAGCAAUCCUUGCCCUGACGUCCAUUGCUCAUGCUCUACCUCAACCGGAUGCCCUCCUCGACGAUGCCCCUGACACGCAUAACGCGACACAUCUUACGAAACGCGACGGCCCACCUCAACAUAAUGCAGAAAUCUAUCUUGGGAGUAUCUCGCGGCCAAGGAAGAAGAGAGCGAAAUGGGGACCACCAUACACAUACGAUUAUGACCCGUCUGCCGGCGAGGGUAGUUUGAUCUACGUGAUCGAUUCGGGGUUUGAUAUCCGGCAUUCGGAAUACAAGACACUGAAACACGUCCCAAGAUGGAUCAUGCCUAAGUCCUGGCCUCGCGGCUGGGAUGAUACAUUGAAUGACCCAACCGGCCAUGGGACCUGCGUAGGGUCUAUGAUCGCAGGCCAGAAAUUCGGGGUCGCAAAGAAUGCAGAGCUGGUGAUUGUGAAAACGGCGGGCGCAGAGAGGAUUGAUAAACGAGAAUAUAUCGAUAAUUAUCUUGAGGCGCUGGAAGCCACAGCGGAUGAUAUCGAUGCGGUGCUCUCGAAUCCUGGAAAUGGGUUCAAUCUAGGCGAUAUCUAUAUCAAUAUGUCCGGAAGCGUUAAGAUCGGAGUAUUUCACCGCGCUUGGAAUAGCCACGAUCGAGACCGCUUGAAAUCGAUUAUGCAACGACUCAACCAGAAAGCUAUGAUCUUUGCGUGUACGGGGAAUGUUCGCGGAAUUGACUUCUAUGGCGAGUUUUUAGGCACUCUUCUUGGCUAUCCGCAGCUUUGGUAUAAAGAGUUACCGAAUAUGAGGCUUGUUGGAAUGGCCACGCAAAACGGCUAUAGGAGCAAAAAGACUCUCAAUGCGCCGGAGGGUCAUCUAUGGGCGAUUGCCGAGGACGUGUUGUGUGCUAAUAACAAACCAAGCGAGCCUGAAAUCAAAAAGACGGGAAGCUCUAUGGCAUCUCCUCAGGCCGUUGGGCUAGCGGCCCAGCUCGCACGUCUACCGAAUAAGCCGAAAGGUUUCCCUGAUCCGAAAUCCGACUUCAGAGGGUUUGUGGAGCAAAUGGAGAUCCAGCUGUACAGAGAUUCAUGGAUUCGGCCUGAGUCCAAAGGCAAGACAGAGGGCGGUCAUGUUAUGGCAGUGCGUUUGAUUUCCAACCAGUUCUUGAAUCAUUGCGAUGAUUCUGAUGGGUGUGGGUGUGUGAUAAUGUAA